GAGUUAUCAAAUCUAGAAGUACUCGAGAUACCGCCAUCAUUGUAUUCAUCAUGUCAUCGCAAAAUACCAGAUAAACUUUCUUUAAUCGGUCAUUUGCCACUGCAACGACUGUCUGUUUAUGUUCACUUCUACAACGCUUCGAAUAUGUCUUCAUUCAUGCAAUUAUUACCAAAAACACUCAAAGAAUUGAUCGUAUUUCGAACAUCGGAACUCGACUUGAAUAUGUGGCGAAAAGAUUUUGAUAAUACGAGGUUUAAGGUGUAUAUGUGUCAUUUAAAUGACAUAUUGGUUGAUCCCGAGUGGAUGUGUGGUACUAAUGAACUGUUAACGCAUACAAUUUGGCUACCACCCUACAAAUUCUCGUUCAAUGCACCGCGUCUCGACAUGGCAGAAUGGUACGAGAAUAUCUCUGAGGAUAUAGAAGAAUUUGAUGAGUAUGAUAACAAGCAAGUGACACGAACUGCAAUAGAACGUUCUGAAACCGAUAUUGCUGAUAACACAUUAUCAACAAUUACAGACGAAUGGUGA